AUGACGGUCAGCUCUGCAGUGACAAACGUCCUUGUCAUCGGCGGCGGCCCCGCGGGCCUUUCGACCGCCCUGACGCUGGCACGCACGCUCCGCAGCGUCACCAUCUACGACUCGGGCGAGUAUCGUAACGCUCGCGCAUCGCACUCGCACACUAUCCCAGGCUUCGAUGGAAAGGACGCCGCCGACUGGCGUUCAGCUGCGCGCGCCGAUCUGGGCAAGUACCACAACGUUGAGCGGCACCAUGGACAGAUUGUCAGUCUCGAGAGACUGGCCGGCGGCAGCGUAUCGGACCCGACGCCGACACGGUUCCGCGCCACCGACGACGAGGGCAAAGUCAUCGAGUGUCGCAAGGUCGUGCUUGCUACGGGCUUGCAGGACGUGCUACCCGAUAUUCCUGGCCUUGCCCAACAGUGGGGCAAGCGCGCGAUUCACUGCAUCUUCUGCCACGGCACAGAGACCGCACAUGGAGCCAUGGGUUUCCUCAUCACCCCUCAGCAGGCGGCACUGAAUCCCAUGAUCGUCGGCGGAGCGCUGACCAUGUGGCCGACCUUGGACCACUCGCGCAAGGUGUUCCUCACGCAUGGGCUGGACCCGGACGUCGAGGCGGACCUCAAGACAUCUGGUCUGGAGCCUCAUUUGAAGAUCCUCAAGGCUAGGGGUUUUGAGAUCAUCUCGGACCCUAUCGCCCAAGUCGAGGAGCACAAGGACGGCCUGCACUUCACGUUCACGACGGACCGUGAGCCCCUCGUCCUGCCAUACCUCAUGGUGAUGCCCGAGAAAUCGCACCCGCCAGCCAGCGUCGCCUCCUUCCUCACCCCGUCCUUCCUGCACGCCCCACUCGACCCGGGUGGUACCGUUCCUCCCGUCCCAGCAGACGCACCACCUGCCCACAUGCCCCCUCGCUCUGGUGCCGACCCGCGCACCCCGGCCCGCGGCGUGUUCUGGGCCGGCAACGCCGGCAGCGCGGCGGCCAAUGUGUCCAUGAGCGUCGGACACGGACAGGUGUGUGGCGUUGUUGUUGCUGGAGAGCUGGGCGGAGAAGACUUGGCCGCUGAGGCGGCGGCUCUGGCCAGCGAGUGA